AUGAACGCUACUGAAGUCUGCCCGACGGAGGUUCCAGAGCCGUGCGACGAGUGCCCUGAGGGCCAGUACAUCGUUUCGAACCCCUGCGGGUGCCAAGUCUGCAAUGGAUAUACGCGCAGGCGCCGCUCCACAGAGUGCACCUCCUGCGAAGAAGGCUAUGGGCCCGGCUGCGAAGAUUGCGACGAUUGCAAGGACAUUUACAAACCUCCAGCCAAGGGUGGGAACAAUUCGGCGAACAUUACUGUGGACGUCCCGUAUCAAACGUGCACAGAGUUCUCCCUGGGAGACCCGAUAACCAUCACUGGAAGAAGGUCAAGUGAUCCGUCUGUUAUUAUCACGCAUUCGACGGUCGUGUUGGGGAUUACUCCCAUUCUCGGGGGGUAUAUACUCGAUCUUGCCGUGCCGCUUCCUGAAGACUUUACCUAUGACACCUCCGUUUCGCAGACGUGCACUUCCACCGACGGGACCCAGGUGAGCUCCUCAUACUCUCCCUCUGCCGCUGGCUGUUGCUGCGCAUGUGGCACUGAUUGCUGCGAGACAACUGAGGUGUGCACUGUGUACCCCAACGGCACUGGUGUGUGUUCCAAUGCUGGCCCGUACCCCGAAUUCUCGACUCCAGCCCCGACGGUCGGGGCCAAGGGUGACCCGCACUUGGUAAACCUGCAAGGAGAGCACUUCGACAUCAACCACGAGGGUAAGUUCGCACUGCUCCGUUUUCCUCAAGCUGCCGAGAAGCCGGCCGAGUUCUCGUUGCAGGCGGGCAUUCAGGCGGACGUCGGGAAGCCAUGCACCACGUACAUUACUCAGGUGGAGCUCUCGGGCUCCUGGCUCGGUGGCAAGUCCGUGCAGGUUCGCUGCUAUCGCCGAUCCCAUUCGAACGACACCGACGCCUUCCUCGGUGCUCGCCUGCUCGAAGGCGAUAGUGAUUCUCCCUGGCAGACAAUCGAGGAGUUUCAGGCGAAGGAUCUUGUGCUCUCCGAUCCGGAGUCGGACAUCGAAGUUUCACUAGACAAGGCAACGUGGUUUCCCAAGAAGCGCUCAAAGAAGGGGCCGAUUGCGGCCGGCAUGUUCACCCUUUCUCUGCGCAACAAGAAGAGCCCGACUGGCGCCAAGAUCACUUUGCGCCAGGACCUGCCCGAGCAGGAGCACCUGAACGUGGCGGUGCGGCAGCUGUCCCAGCUCGGCCGCGUCGACGUCGGUGGGCUGCUCGGUUUCGACGCACACGCGGAGAGCCUUGAGCGCCCCUCUGCCGCGUGCGUCCACCACAGGGCCACGGCGCGCUACCGCAUCGAGAGCCAGGACGAGGCGGAGCACGGCUAUUACUUCAAGCCUGCAUGGAAGGACCGCUGGGACAAGAUUCGGGCGGCUGGGCGCCCUGCGGACAACGAGGCGGCCGCCAGCCUGGUGGGCAAGUUCGACGACAAUGACCCGGGGGACGUCCUGGGCGGCAGGAUGUGCAAGUGCCCCAGCGAGGACGGCGGACUCCCCGGCGGCAGCGUCGAGGGAGUGCUCGUCGAGGAGGCCAGCUUCGUGUUCGCCGAGGCGUCCUGGGAGUGA